UUCCUCUCCAUUGGCAUUCUACACAAAAAGAAUCCCAAAAUGUCUUCUUGGAGCUUUUCAUUUUCAGUCUGCUUAAGCAGUCUUCUCACUCUUUACUUCUUCACUGCUAGCACUGUAGCUCAAGUGCCAGCUAAUGCAACCUUCAAGAUCAUAAACGAAGGUGAAUUCGGAGAUUACAUAACCGAAUACGAUGCAGGGUAUCGUGUUAUUUCCAACGACUUCUUUGCAUUCCCAUUCAGUCUAUGUUUCUACAACACCACCCCAGGGGAAUUCAUCUUGGGCAUGCGUGCCGGCCUCCCACGCGACGAAGACCUAAUGCGCUGGGUUUGGGAUGCCAACCGCAACCACCCCGUUAAAGAAAAUGCCACUCUUUCCUUCGGCCGCGAUGGAAACUUAGUCCUCGCGGACGUUGAUGGCACUGUCGCGUGGCAGACCAAUACUGCUAACAAGGGCGUCACGGGCAUUAAACUGUUGCCCAAUGGCAACCUUGUGCUGUAUGAUAAAAAGGGAAAGUUCAUUUGGCAAAGCUUUGAUCAUCCAGUCGAUACAUUACUGGUCGGCAUGUCUGUCAAGAAAAAUGGCCGGCUUGUUAGCCGUACGUCUGAAGCUGAUGGAAGGGAUGGAAAGUAUAGCCUUGUGCUUGAUAAUUCAGGGUUCAGCUUGUAUUUAAACAACUCUGGCCAGCUUGUUAACUAUAAUGGCUGGCAAGGAAGCGCAUAUAGUUCUGUAAGAUUUAAUACAACCCCCAUAGAUGAAGACCCUAAAUCUGCAGGCUGGGAGCUGCUGCUUCAAACAUUUGAGGAUUCAAAAUCACCACCAACUCCAAGUCCAACGCCGAGCGGGCGGCGGCUGCUUCAGUCAUUCCCUGUUGGUUCUGCUAACACAGUAAUUCUCCGAAAGGUGAAUUAUAAUGCAACACUCUCAUUCUUGAGGCUUCAAUCUGAUGGCAACGUGAAAGUGUUUACUUAUUUUGAUAAAGUCCCGUAUCUGAGAUGGUCAGAGACAUUUGCAUAUUUCUCGAGUUACUACGUCAGAGAAUGCGGGUUGCCAUCAAAAUGUGGUUCCUUCGGUUUGUGCCAAAUGGGAAUGUGUGUGGCGUGUCCUAGUCCAAAUGGUCUUCUGGGGUGGAGCGAAGAUUGUCAACCACCAAAACUGAAGCCGUGUCCGGCCAAGGCUAAGGUGGAUUAUUACAAGAUUGCUGCGGCGGAGCAUUUCUUGAAUAGGGAAUCUACCGGUGAUGGAGAAGGUCCGAUUAAAGUUGAAGCUUGCAGAGAUAAGUGCAGCAAGGAUUGCAGAUGUAAAGGGUUUGUUUACAAGGAAGAUACUAAGAAGUGUUUGCUCGUGCCAGUGCUUGGGACUUUCAUCAGAGACGUGAACACUUCUACUGCAUACGUUAAAUAUUCACUCUGAAUAAGUUAACUUUGUCGCUUUUUAAAGAAAAGCCAACAGGGGGAGUUGCUGUAGGUUUUCGUGGUUUUAUAUUGUAAUUGGGGUUAGUGUUAUGCAUGUCCCAUUAACAAAGGAAUAAGAAUAGAAAAAAAAAUGUUAAUUGCCCUCUGCAAUUAUUAAUAAUGGUGUUCUCAACUAGUACAUGUAUUAUGUAGGA